CUAACCAAAUUAAUUCCUUUGCCCAAAAAAUACAAACUCUCAACAAACUGAAUAAAGGAUCCCCUUUAUCAAAACAUUAAAUUAAAUAGUUUCAUAUAUAUAAAGCCGUUCAAACCCAUCUUCCUCGCAAGUCACAACCCCAAUACUUCCAACGCAAAAGAAACCCGUUUAAAAAAUGUCAGCCCAGUUCAUUGAAAGGCACCGAGAAAAUGCAGAAAUAUUCAGCGGUUCCGAUCUGUGCAAACAAAAAUCAAUAGAACUGUUGGUAGAGCUGAACAUGCCAAACGGUCUUCUUCCAAUGGACGAUAUUGAGGAGGUUGGGUAUAACCGUUCGACCGGGUUCGUGUGGUUGACCCAAAAAAAGGCGAUCCAACACCGAUUCACCAAGAUUGGUAAACAAGUAUCCUACGAUACUCAUGUGACUGCUUUUGUUGAGAACCGUAAGAUGAAAAAGCUUCAUGGAGUCAAAGCUAAGGAACUCUUGAUCUGGAUUACUCUUAAUGAGAUCUCAAUCGAUGAUCCUAGUUCUGGUAAAAUUGUCUUUGGUACCCCUACUGGUAUUUCCCGUUCUUACCCAAUUUCUGCGUUUGAGGUGGAGAACAAAUGAUCCAUCAAAAUGCUAGAUCAUUUAGUGGCAAAGUGAGAUAUAAGGGGUACUUACAAGUUCAUUAUCGCGUUAAGAUUUAGUGAAUUUUGGGUAAUCGUUUGUUAACCCACUUUCUUAUCUUAUUUGAUUAUACCACGGAAAUAUAGUUGUAAUAUGUAUGCUUCCAUGUUUAUGGAAUACUUUAAGUUAAUGAAAUAAUUUAAGUUUGAGUUUA